CGCGUUUCAUCUUUCUCUCUCUUUCCUUUUCUUCCUUUUCUCUCUUUCUCUCUUUCUCUCUAGUCCAUUGAACCCCCUUGACAUAGAGAAUGAACAUGACAGGCGACAUUGAAACGCAAAACGAAAAGAUUCUAUUUUUGAACUUUAACCAAGACUUUAGUUGUGUGUCUGUGGGCACUGAAAAGGGUUACAGAAUGUACAACUGUGAUCCCUUUGGCAAAUGCUAUUCCAAAUCGGACCGAGGUGCCAGUAUCGUUGAAAUGCUUUUUUGUACGUCGCUGGUGGCACUCGUAGGUGUAGAAGGCCAAGAAGGAUUUACAUCGAGACAGUUACAAAUCAUCAAUACCAAGAGACAAUCGACCAUCUGCGAACUUACGUUUCCAACAACUGUCUUGGCUGUCAAAAUGAACCGGCGGAGGCUGAUAGUCGUGCUUGAAGAACAGAUCUUCCUGUACGACAUUAGCAACAUGAAACUACUUCAUACCAUCGACACCAGACCCAAUCCAACAGCUAUCUGUGCCUUGUCACCAUCGAGCGACAAUUGCUAUAUUGCUUAUCCAUCGCGAUCCUCUUCCACUUCUCCUUUCGCACCCGCAACAUCGCCUACUACCGCAAGUUCUUCUUCCGGAUACGUGUCAGGUGACGUGGAGAUUUUCGAUGCCCUGAGUAUUCAGCUGGUCAACAUUGUCCAAGCCCACAAGACACCGAUCAGUUGCAUCACCAUGAAUUCGGAAGGUACUUUGCUUGCUACUGCAAGUGAAAAGGGAACCGUGAUUCGCGUGUUUUCGGUUCCUGAUGCAAGCAAAGUAUAUCAAUUCAGACGUGGAUCUUACCCAGCAAAGAUCUAUUCCAUGUCAUUCAAUCUCGUCAGCUCGUUACUGUGCGUUUCGAGCGAUACCGAGACGGUCCAUAUUUUCAAGGUUGCGACUGUAGGCGAGAAUGGCAAUAAUGGAUAUGAUCAUGGAUCCAUGAUGGAGAAUCAUGAUGGUUAUGGCAAUGAGGAUGCUGGAACCAGAGGACGUAGUGGAAGUGUAGGCCAAAUGUUACGGCGUUCAUCGCAGCAUCUGGGACGAAACAUUGGAUCGUACUUGCCAGGAAUGAUUACAGAAAUGUGGGAGCCGUCACGAGACUUUGCGUCGCUCAAGUUGCCUAGUGCUGGUGUUCAGAGUUUAGUUGCCUUGAGCAGCACUACGCCUCAAGUCAUGGUCAUUACUUCAGAAGGCUUCUUUUAUCAGUACAAUAUCGAUCUCGAGAACGGUGGCGAAUGCGUACUUUUGAAGCAAAACAGCUUACUAGGAUCAGGCGAUGACUUGAACGGUAAAUUGGGUGCAUAAGAUACCUUCCUUCCUUCCUUCCUUCCUUCCUUCCUUACUCACUCAUACACACGCAUCCAUCGUAAAUAAUUGCACACAUGUACUACGUUUACUCUCUCUUCAACACUUGUUUCAAAUACCCUUAUUAUACACACAGCAACAUGUCCAAGAAACGCGGGAAUGGCCCUCCCCCACCCCCUCUCCUCUGCUUACAGCUCUUUGUGUUCAAUCUAUCCAUCUCGCUCACUUGAAAUGUAUGGUUUUCUUGAAAGCUAUGUUUUGAAAUGCACA